GGAGUGUCCUGUUCUGUAGCCAAGAUGUGGCUGUCUGUGUCCAUCCUGUGUGUCCUGGUGGCCUUUGCCAAUGCUCGCAGCAUUCCUUACUACCCUCCUCUCUCCAAUGACUUGGUCAACCACAUAAACAAGCUCAACACCACCUGGAAGGCAGGGCACAAUUUCCACAAUGUUGACAUGAGCUAUGUGAAGAAGCUCUGUGGCACCUUCCUGAAUGGGCCCAAGCUUCCCGAAAGGGUGGAUUUUGCUGGAGACAUGGAGCUGCCCGAUAGCUUUGACUCAAGGACACAGUGGCCAAACUGUCCCACCAUCAAUGAGAUAAGAGACCAGGGCUCUUGUGGCUCUUGCUGGGCUUUCGGUGCCGUAGAAGCGAUUUCAGACAGGAUCUGCGUCCACAGCAACGCCAAGAUGAGCGUGGAGGUCUCUGCAGAGGACCUGCUGUCGUGCUGCGGCUUCGAAUGCGGCAUGGGGUGCAAUGGUGGUUACCCCUCUGGUGCGUGGAGGUACUGGACAGAAAGGGGCCUCGUGUCUGGUGGUCUCUAUGACUCCCAUGUGGGCUGCCGUCCCUACUCCAUCCCACCCUGUGAGCACCACGUCAAUGGGUCCAGGCCCCCCUGCACUGGGGAGGGGGGCGAGACCCCCCGGUGCAGCCGGCACUGCGAGGCCGGCUACUCGCCCUCGUACAAGGAGGACAAGCACUACGGCAUCACAUCCUACGGUGUCCCUCGCAGUGAAAAGGAAAUCAUGGCUGAGAUCUACAAGAAUGGCCCAGUGGAAGGAGCCUUUAUUGUCUACGAGGACUUCCUGAUGUACAAGUCUGGGGUGUACCAGCACGUGUCCGGCGAGCAGGUUGGAGGCCACGCCAUCCGUGUGCUGGGCUGGGGGGAGGAGAACGGUACCCCGUACUGGCUGGCUGCCAACUCCUGGAACACCGACUGGGGGGACAACGGGUUCUUCAAAAUCCUCCGGGGACAGGACCACUGUGGCAUCGAGUCCGAGAUCGUGGCUGGGAUCCCCAGGCCAGAGCAGGACUGGAAGAGGGUGUAACCAUGAUCAAAUCAGAAAUAACCCCGAGUCCCUGAUGCUUUUAACUGAUAGUAGGUUGGGUGCAGAGCCCCUUCCUUCUAAGAGACUAUAGUUGAGGUUACUUUAUUAAAGCUUUUUAUCUUUU